AUGAGCGCUUUAAGGGGCCGCGAGAAGGUCAAGGAUAUUUCAAAAUACCUCGAGCAACACAAAGAAGUCAAUUUCGUUGUGCGGAAAUACUUUGAUUGUCAGGAGUAUAUUGACAAUGAGCAUGUACAAAAACUGUUCAAGGCUUUGCCGACUCCGAAUGAUCCCAAGAUCCCUGACUAUAUUCUACCUCUAUUUUUCAGUCUACAAGACAAUGGUCCCUUGACAAUACAGUCGUCUGAAACAAUGGAAAUACUCUCUGAACCGCUCUGGGAUGCAGUUGUUGCGAUAACUGGAAUGGGUCACGAAGAGGUUGCGUAUCUUGAGACACCCAGGAAUGUGAAAAUGCUUCAGGAUUCAAUUUACUACUUUAGUCGUCUAGACAAGGGUAUUGUGCCUCGCCUGACCACGAGCCAGCAAUUACAAUUAAGCAGCCUACUAGAGUAUAUGCAAUGGGCGCAUGGCCAUGCAUACAAAGAGGCGGAUGCACUCAUCUCACAGGGGUUAAUCAAACGCGAGUACUUGGCAAAAAUAUUCGGUUCAAACCAACCUCUAGUCACAAAUGUGGGUGGUCAUCAUCGAGCAUACAUGCUUGAAAGCCCGCCGUCCUCAGGUGGACCUCGGAACAGUGAUUCGAUUGUGCUUCGAUUGUGGUGUUGGCAUUUUAAUGGGAAGUUCUACAAGGAGCAUGAAGAAUGGACCCUGUCCUGGCCCCCUUCUGCAAAUGAAGACGCAGAGAUCCCAAUCUCCGGUCUAGAGAUAUAUCCCCUGCGAUAUGCCGCUCCUCAUGUAGCGAAACAACUGAAAGCCAGAGGAGAAACGUUUUGGAAGUGUCAUAAAGCGCGAUUUGUAGCAUACGAUCCCCCAAACUCCACUUUAAAAUAUCAUACAUAUAUCAGAGAAAUCGAUUGGAACAACGGUGCAUUCGACCUGUUAGUGAUGCAGCACAGCAAAAAGGAAUUGAUCAAAGCAUUGAUAACUGUACACGCGGUAUCUGCCAAAUCCACAGACAUCAUUGAAGGAAAAGGCAAUGCAUUGAUCAUGCUCCUGCACGGGGGCCCAGGGACUGGAAAGACAUUGACCGCGGAGUCCGUCGCAGAAUUAACCAGAAAGCCUUUAUAUCGGGUUACAUGCGGCGACAUUGGAACAAACGCAGAGGAAAUCGAAAAGUACCUCGAUUCAGUCCUGCUUAUUGGAACCAUUUGGGGCUGUGUUGUGCUUCUUGACGAGGCAGAUGUGUUUCUCGAAGAACGCCGGGAGACAGACUUGCAGCGCAAUGCGUUGGUAUCUGUCUUUCUGCGAGUCCUGGAGUACUACGACGGGAUUCUGAUUCUCACUUCAAACCGAGUUGGCACUUUCGAUGGUGCGUUUAAAUCGAGAUUUCAGCUGGCGAUUCACUACCCUGCUUUGCACGUGCAGGGUCGGCACGAAAUUUGGCUGAAUUUCAUCAAUGGACUGAGCAAGGCAAACCCGAACGUUGAUCUUGAUGAUAUCAAAGCGCACAUUCAAGAGCUCGCCGCGGUUGAUUUGAAUGGACGAGAAAUUCGCAACAUGGUACGCACUUCCUUGCAACUGGCGCAGUUCCGCGAGGAAACCCUGGGCUAUAAACACUUUAAGCAGGUAAUUGGGGUAGCAGAAGAAUUCGAGAAGCAUAUUGCAGCUACGCGGGGAUUUUCUUACUCGGACUGGGAUCGAAGCCGUGGGAUUCGCCCUGAUUGA